UUGAUAUUUGGUGUUUGCAUUGUGAACUUUCAUCAUUUAAGAGGCCCAGAAAUUGAAUAUUCAAAAUUUGCUGAUGAUAACGCUGAAGAUAAAUCACUUGUAUGGCCAUAUUUACCUUUUCAAGCUUUACCUGAUGGUGCACAUUCAUUUGAAGAGACAUUCUCAUAUUUCACACUAUAUUAUAAUGAGAAAGGUAAUUUUGAUAAAAUAGAUACAAAUUCAACAACUUUGUUUGCCAUAUCAUGUGUUCGUCAGAUACGAUCAGAUGAAUUACUUGAAAAAGAUGAGGAAAUAACAAGAUCAUCUGUUCAGAAAGCAAUAGUGGUGAUAUUGAGACAACCUAUAUUUGGACAGAUCAAAGAGAAGUUGAGCAUUGUAACUAAUGCAUUUUUUGAACAAAAGAACUUCAAUGAUAGAUUGAUUGUGGAUCUACUGUAUCAAAAUUUACAAACAAUUUAUGAUGAAGACACUUCUUUCAUUGAUGAGAAUGAUUUCAAUUCCGGGAUAUCCUUAAGAAGUUUAGUUAAAGACUUCAAAAAAGAAGUAUUAGUGAUUGUUAAAGCCAUGAUGUUGGAAAAGAAAGUUGCGUUCUAUGGUUCAAAUCCAACAAAACUAUGCCAAACAGAAUUUGCCUUUAUAAGUUUGAUACCGAACUUGAUUAACAACUUGCUUGAUUCAUCAUCACCUGAAUUGUUCAAUUAUGCCAAAAAUUUGAAAAUGACUACAAGUUUCCAAACGAGUGAUAGAAAUUCAGUACUGGAUUUUGCUGGAUUCCCAUUACAAAUCUUUGGUGAAGGUGGUGUUUUCGCUCCAUAUGCUCCAUUACAACAAUUUGAAGAUUUGAAAAAAAUUGAUUAUUAUGUGAUGGGGACAUCUAAUGCAUUAAUUUUGAAUCAAAAAUCAAAACUAGCUGAUGUUUUGAUAAACAUUGAUACUUUGACAGUGGAAAUUAUAAAUCAUGAUCUGGUUCAACUUUUAACAUUAUCUUCGUAUGAUAAAAAAUGGAUGUCACAAAUUUUGAAUUAUGUCACUUCAUCUUGGUCAGAUUCAUAUUCAGGAUUCUUGGGUUCUGAUGAUUAUAUCAGAUGGCAGUUUGAAGAUUAUCUAUUGGGAUUGUUAUCAAGUGUCAAGUAUGAUAAUUUCCUCAAAAAAUAUGAUGGUUCACCACCGCCUGAAUUGUUGAUCAAGGAAGUUGAUCGUAAUCAACUAAAGCAUUUUAAUAAUCAUUUUAUUGAAAAUUGGAAGAAAACAAAAAAUUAUCAGCUGUUUAAUGAGUUCACAGAUGACAAUAUAUUUGAUGUUUUUGAGCCAAAACACAUCUUU